AAUACGCUAAUACAAAUGAAAUUACCUACAACUUGACCAUCCUAUCCUUCAUCCUUCUCACCUUUGUCGCCCCAAGUAAUCGGCCCAAGUCCAACUUCCCUUCUUCGCACACGCCUUCUUUGUUCUCUGCGUGUCUACCUACGUGUCUGCUUCGACACGCGCGCCGUUACUCCUUCGACGCCCCCAACCCGUCUCCUGGUGUCUUCACGCUUCAUCAAGGCCACCUAACCAACGGCCUCGUCCUGCUCAACUGUCGACGAUCGACCAGGAAACAGCAAGAGGAUAGGGAAGAAAGAGUAGCACGACAACCACGACCGCUUGUGAACUUCUGAUCGAUCCCUAACCCGAUUGCGACCACCUCUCCGGAGGAAUGCCAUCACAUUCACCAUCGCCAUUGCCCUCGCUAUGAUCUCCCUCGCCGUUCGCUCCAUUCGCGGAGCUGUCGCUCGGUUCUCCCCCACCUACUCCUACUCCCUGCUAUCGGACGCAACCCCUCAGUCCGAUCCCUCGUUACCCGCCUCAUCGAGCCCAACGCCGCAGUCAAAGUCCUUCCUCGCCAAACUCACCGCUAUUCUCUUCUUCCUGCUGCCCUCCUUCGUCCAGAGGAGGCUGAGACCCAGCGACAAGCACCAGCGCCGACGCCUCUAUGCUACAUCAUGGCUUGACGGCCUACGCGGCGUCGCCUCCCUGAUUGUCUUCAUCUGUCACUACUCAGGCCCGCACUUUGGCUACUACCUCGCUCGACCAUACGGCAUCCCCGACGAAAACGAUCAUGUUGCUUCCUCGCCGUUGCAGCUGCCUUUCUUGCGUGUCAUUUACAGCGGCAAGCCCAUGGUCCACAUCUUCUUCGUUAUCUCGGGUUUCGUCCUCUCCCUCAAGUCUCUACAACUCGUCAGAAAACACAAUUAUGAAGCGCUCCAUCGCACCCUCUCAAGCAGCGUUUUUCGCCGGGGGUUUCGCCUCUUCCUGCCUACAACUGCCUCUACCUUUAUCAUCAUGAUUAUGAUCCGCUUGGGUUGGAUGGGACAGCCCUUGCCUACGCUGUGGGAGCAGCUGGUGGACUGGAAGAAUGGUCUCUGGAAGAUCACCUUCAGCUGGCAGUGGGAUAUUACCCAGUUCCUCCCCUACGACGUUCACCUUUGGACUAUUCCUAUUGAGUUCUCAAACUCGUUGCUAUUGUUUGUCACUCUGGUUGGUGUAAGUCGUAUGAAGACGUACCUACGUCUGUUAUCUGUGGUUGGUAUCAUGAUCUAUUGCCUCAAGUGUGGCCACUGGGCUGCGUUUGAGUUCUUUGGCGGCAUGGUCCUCGCCGAGGUUGGUCUUAUUCAGGAGGCCCGCCGCGAGCGCGCUGCCGCUGCAGCGGCCGUCGAGGACAAGGAGGCGGCAUCCGACACGGGGGCCAUCGGCGGCGGCAUCAACUCGUGGUCGAGCUCCGUCACUACGCUCGUGCUCAAGGCCUUCCUUCUUGGCAACCUUAUAUUCGCCCUUUUCGUUGCUGGAUGGCCGGAUCAGGUCAACGAUAUCACGCCGGGCAUAGCGCCGCUCUUCCGCAACACCAUGGAGCCUUACUUCACGAUGGGUGGAGACCUUGUUGCAUUCCCCUGGUAUGCCCUCGGCGCCGUCCAGAUCGUUGCCGCCUUGCAGCAGAUCAAGGUGCUGCAGAACCUGUUCAUCACACCGUUGGCGCAGUACCUCGCUGAUAUUAGCUACGCACUGUACCUCUGCCACGGCCCUGUCCUGGACGUUUUCGAGCAUCGCUGGAUGCCCUACGUCUGGGCGCUGGUUGGCGGCAGAGACGAAGCCGGCAUGUGGGGGCGGAUGGUGGCGUGGUUCAUCGGGUUGCUGACGCUGGGAGUGCCCACCAUCUGGGCCAGCGACGUCUUCUGGCGCACGAUCGAUGUCAAGAGCGUCGAGCUAUCACGCUGGAUCGAGUCAUUCUGCACCCAGGACGACUAGCGGGGUCUUUGCACGCCGCAUGUGUGUGUAUGUUCUGGCAGGUACUGUUGUGGUGGCACCUGCGGCUUAUAAAGCAACCUAGAUGUGGUUUUGGUUUGAGUAUCGAGUAUAGCUAUAGAGCCAGCAAUAUCACCAUCCCAUAGAGAGAACUUGUGCCCCUCUUGUUUUGAUAUUUUACAACAGGUGAACAGUAGCUUCACCACGUCAGUACUCUCUCUGUACAGUCAGGUGCCAUUCACGUGGCGUGACAGCCAGUCGUCAGUUUUACUCAUGCGUUGUGUUUUAUUUCCAUGCUGGAUUUAGGUCUUGACGGUCUCCGGCCACGCCAACUGAGACGCACGGUUGCGGUUGAAGUAGGCAUUGGAGUGUAUCGUGUUGGAAACAAGCAUUCUGCAUGCCGUUCCAAAGGAUGAUUCAUGUCUUGGCCUGCCCGGCCAAUCCAACGUGUUGGUCUUCAAGGCUAGCUUCUUUAGGAAGGAUACAGCUGGAACUUCAUUCCAGGGAUCACGAUAAGAUGAUUUCGGGUCAGUCAGGUCUUCCGCC